UGCUGCGUUCCUUCUUACCUGCUCAGAAAUCUCACCUUAUUCUUGUCUUUUCAUUUCUCUUCCCUUGCAUCCACAAGAAAAUAUUCGUGCCGAUCAUCAGUGCCGAAAUAUUAGCGCACAAAACAAAAAUCAUACCUCGUGUCUGGAAUUUCAAUACUAUUCCUGAAUGCGACUAAACUGAAUCUUCUCCAAGCUCCAGCUCAACUUUACGAAUUCUGGAAUAAUUAUUUGUUCAACAUGUAUGUGUAGCUUCUGUGUGAAUAGUUUCCACGUGACUCGUACUCACUAAGAUCUCAGUGUAUUAGUUCCAAUAUGUGACUCAAAUGUGUAAAUCUUGGAGAUCGGUUAAUAAUCGUGUGGGUCGAUUUGCUUCGAAGCAAGAUAAAUUAGUGAACUGAUUGCUUUAUUAUUGGGUGUUAGCUUUAUGUUAAUUAAAGUGGAUUAUGCAGUUUCUAAGUGCCACGUAGUGAACAGUCAGUGACGAUUUUAAGUUGGAAUUUGAAUAAAAAUUCAGGUACCACGACGGACUUAGUGCCUCAAUUGCUUGGGAUGUUCGACGAGCUCGCAAAAAGGGGGAAUGGCUACUCAAAUCAUGUAGUCUUACCGUCAUCCUGCAACAUACCAGCAGCCCUGCAAAAACGUCUUAGCCUGGUCUCGCAAUCCCACCGAGAAUCCAUAUUAGGCCCUUUGUGCUCUUCCGAAUCCACAAUCAACAGCAAGACGAAUUUGGAAGAAGUGCCGCAUGAAAUGGAAUUCAAUAAAACCGUCGAAGGCUCUAAUCAGAUGGAAAUUACCAUUUGCAGCGACUCCAAGGUCAUCAAGGAGGAUGAUACCGUUUCCUCGAUCACUCUUAAAGAAAGGAGUGCUUCCGAGAACAAAUCACUUUAUCGCCGAGAAAAUAAUGAGCUAACGCCGCUCAGGUAUAGCAGACAUCGAAGAACAGGAAGUAGACCAUUGUCCGGAAGUUCCAUUGCUUCCAGCACCUCGUCCAGUGGCUGCAGUAAUCAGGGAAACACGUGUCCCGCUAAUCCCUGUUUGACCUCAGUGGAAUCACUUGCUGACACUUGUGCCAGUUCUCAAGGCUCCGGAGAUAGCGGCGUCGUUGUAACGGUGUCAGAAGCUAGUUGUCGAAUAGAAGGUGGAAAUAGUAUGGAUAUUAAUUCCUUAGUAAAUCACAGGCCUCGAUAUUGUGAUCCUCACAGAAAUCCUGUUGAAAGGGUCCUUCUCGAAAUUGUGGACACCGAAGCCAUUUAUGUUGAACACCUUCGACAAGUCAUUCAAGGAUACCUUAUAUUUUGGAGAGACGAUCCAGCUUCUCUAGUACACCAUUUACAACUAAGUGAUUUAUUUAGCAAUAUUGAAGACAUAUUUGAAUUUAAUAGGAAAUUUCUGACCGAAAUAGAAAAUUGUUGUUUGGAUCCAAUUUGCGUGGCAAACACCUUCAUCAAGCACAAUUCAGGAUUUAAAGUUUAUACAGAAUAUUGCACAAAUUACCCCAGGACGGUUUCAGUUUUAACGAAACUGAUGGGCCAAGAGGAAUUAGCGAGUGCUUUCAAAGAGAGGCAAGCAGCUUUGCAUCACGCUUUACCCCUCGGAGCUUUUUUAUUGAAGCCAGUUCAAAGAAUUUUAAAGUAUCACUUACUUUUGAAGAAUUUAGCGAAAGAGUAUGGUGCUGGUUACUACGACAAAGAAAACCAAGUCGAGGGGAGCAAGGCGAUAGAAGGUGCUCUGGAAGCGAUGAACGGUAUCGCGGAUCAUAUCAAUGCAAUGCAAAAGAAACACGAACACGCUGUGCGGGUUCAAGAAAUACAGUCUCUAUUGUAUGGCUGGACUGGUCCCGAUUUGACCACGAGUGGAGAACUGGUCGCGGAAGGAAGAUUCCGUAUGCGAGGUGCCAAAGCUCCCAGACACGCCUUCCUCUUCGAAAAAAUGCUUCUCCUCACCAAAAAGAAAGAAGAUGGCCUGCUUGUCUAUAAAACUCACAUUAUGUGUUCAAAUCUAAUGUUGAUUGAAAGCAUCCCCGGAGAACCUUUUAGCUUUCACGUAAUUCCCUUCGACAAUCCACGUUUGCAGUAUACUUUACAGGCGCGAAAUUUGGAACAAAAGAGGGAGUGGACUCUCCAAAUAAAAAGUGUGAUUCUAGAGAAUUACAACGCAGUGAUACCGUCACAUGCGCGACAACUGGUAUUGCAAAUCGGGCAGAGGCAACCGGAAGAAGACUGCGGCACAAUAGACAAAGUUUUGGCAAAGAAGCAAUAUUCAUCACCGCCAGAGUAUUUGGAGAAAAGAAAACAAGAAAGGGAGAGAAGAAGGUCCGAGGCUGGCAUUCGCCAAAAGUUAAAAAAAGGAAGAAAAUCGGAUAGCCAUGGAACUGCAGUCGACUCUUCGCAUACGAAUCAGUUGGAAGACUCUAUCACAAACUGUGGAUCUAGAGAACAAAGCCUCAAUCGUUCCUGUGAUACGCGUGCCUCGAAAGUCAAGGAUCGGUUUACAAGCUGGAGAAGGAAGUCUGAGCCUGGAUUUCAGUCCUACAUAAGUCUGAACAUGUCUGACGAGGAGCAGAAAGAAGAGCCAGUAGAUGCUGAAUUUAGAAACACAGAGAGUGACUGCACAGCCAUAACGAACGAAGACGACAAUUCUACGAUUAAUUCUGAAAGUAAUUCGUUAAUCGCCGAGACCAAAGACACAAAUGAGGAAGAACCUCAGCCCCAAACAGUUGAAGAAAUAGUAGGCCACAUCCUAAUGCAGAAUCAUGAAUUCCAAAAGCUCCUCGAGAAACAGAGAACCAACAGCAUUUUGAACGUCAGGCAACAACAACGAUUCAACAAAUGCAUUUCUGUUGAUAGUUCCGACGAGAGUGACACCGAAAAUACAAAUUACAGCCAUGACUCGACGAACAAUCGAAGUACCAGAUUACGAAGUUCCUAUAAUCGACGCGAACAAAGAUUCGUCAGGACAAACAACGCCUGGAAUUCUCUUUCUUCGACACUACAGCGUGACAAUCAGUCAUCUCUUCGAUUGCGAUACGACAAUCUUCGUCAAACAGAAGCCAAGUUGGAAGAGACGCAGAAGAAAACGAACCGAGUUCUGGAAAAAAGAGCAGUAUUCGAAGCUUUUAAGAGGCAGAGUAUCGUUACCGAGAGCAAGAUUAUCAAGACUGCGCUUCGAAUAAGGGAAAAUUCGACAUCGAGUGUUGAAGAAGUUCAGAGAGAGAAGCCUGGCGAGGCGAAGAAAACGGAAACCAGCAACAGUUGUGAGCGAGUUGAUGUUGAGAGUGAAGACUCGAAAGGGUUCGGAAAUUACGAUAAUUUGCAGCACGUCUGGGAGACUUUGAAAGAUGUGAAGGAUCAAGAAGGAAACGACAGUCCAAUAAGGCCGGCAGUCUGGUUAACGAAGCUCUGUGAAGGUUUGCCGAUCUCACCUCAAAAAAGCGGUUCGCUGCCUCGCAGCUUCCAAAUUAGCCCCACUUCUUGUCUACAUCCAACGAAGCCUAGGUUUCUCCAGAGGGACGGCAAGCCGAUGAGCGAGCGGCCUUUUACAAUCGCUUCGGAUAAACCUGCCGAGAUCAACUUGGAGGAUAUGGAAAGAUAUGCUUCUACUUGCCAAACCGGAGGCAGAAUUGCCAAGUUUCCUACCUCCGUUUCCACUUCGUCUUCGAAUUUCUUCGGUUCGUUCAACGAUGGAAUGACGGACGCCUACUCGGAUCUGCACAUCGCUCCUACCAUCACAAACGUUCAUCCUGACCAUAAAAUUUAUAGGCCAAACGGAAGCGGAAGCAUAACCUUCAAGAACGUCCUCUCCAAGGCUGGAAGUCGACUUCAAGGCCUGAGAUCCACCGCAAGCAGCGAAACUCUCGAGUACAGUGACGAAUUAGAACGAACAAAGUUUUACCGAUCCAUCAGUGGGGGCAAGACAAAAAAGAAGCACAAAUACAAAUCUUCCAGGGAAUCAUCAUCAGAUGUUGAGGAGAUGAUUGGGAACAUCAUCAACCGAACUCCCUUAAUUUAUUACAAACAGGGUAGUUCUAGUCUAGGAGCUCGCAUCGCUCAGUCCGACUACGCCGACCCAACAAUACUUUUCUGCGAAAGCAAAAGAGCAGAACUCGCUGCAUCCAAACAAAGUCUUUCGGAAAAUAAAGAUUCCGAAGACAUGAAAAGACAAGAAAAUAAAAGUGCCGAAGAUACCAAAAAAAUGAAAGAAGCCCGAAAAGCAGAAGAAAAAAGGGAGGAGGAACUACAUAAACAAAGGCUAGAUAGUGAAAAUGACAGCUUCUACGAAAGAUCGUUCGAAACUAUAGAAAAUUUUAUAGACGUUGAUGUUGAAGACGGUUUUAGAGAUAGUGCGAUUUUCAGUGAUGGGGAAGAUACUCUCACGAUUCGAUCUUCGCUCAUCGAAUUUGAAGAAGCAAUUAAUCGAAUGCCUAUUAAAGCUAAAGUUGCUCCUCCCGUUCCUGCGAAAAGAAGAUCAGAUUCUAACUCCUCGAGGCUUGGGUGCGAAGUUAAACCUAAACCGGUAGUUAUGCAAAAACCAGAGCAUCUGAAACUCAAAACAAAGGUUUUGAAAAACUCGGACGCUGAAAAUGCUCUCGAGUCCCUGGGUGAAAGUGAGGUACAGAAAUCUUCUAGUGAGGAUAAAAUUUCUUCUAUAAAUGAAGAGACCGACGAUGUUUCCGCCGGACAAAGUCAAGCUGGAUGGGUUCGAAAAAUGGUCGGACAAUUGCAAAGUCGCGUUGAAACUUGAUGCAGUGUUUAUUGAAUACCGACUUUUAUUUAAUAUUUUUCUGAGAAAGUCUUUGUGAUCUUACACGAUUUGCAUAAUCAAAAACCAUUCAAGGGCGAAUUUUAAAUAAAGGAUACUGAAUAGAACAAUUUUUUACGAAGAGCUUUUAAAGAUUGUGGAGCAUGUGUAUUUUAUCGUAAUAAAUCUUGUGAAAUCGUCAAAUUUUUAUUUCUUCGUGUGUGUUGUUAUAUUAUUUGUUCUGAACUUGAUUUUGACAACAAAAUUUAUUGUGCAAUAUAGAAAUGAUUUAUUAGCUGAUUGUUGACUCUGGAAACUAAUAUAUUGAACAAUCUGAAAUUAAUAUAUUAAACUAUUUUUAAAAAUUUUUGCAAGAUUCAUACGAUACAUUCUUUGUAAUGUUACAGUCACCCCUAAAUUGGGAGCAAAAGAAAAUAAUCGCUGAUGAUUGAUCGGAGAAUAUUUUCUCUUUGUGUCUCUAACUGUUUUAUAAAUAUUUCAACGACUAUUAGAGCUUCUCAAGUGCCUAAUAUAAUAUUGUGCGAUACAAUUUUGAGUAUAAUAGUUUCGCUCUGCUAUUGUAAUCUUUGUCUAAGAUCGGGUAGUGAGAAGUAAAAACUGUCAAGCGUUUUGCGAACGAGCAUUAAUAGAGGCAAUCUGUAUAUAGGAGACAAUGUACUAGAAAGUAAGUCUUGCACUUGAGAACUAAAAAAAGUACUGAUAAAUUAAGAUAGCAGUUUGACUGAAGAUCGAAAUUUCGACGUCGAUUAUCACCGCAAUAACUCGUUUCAUCUAAAUGUUAACACUUAUUCGACUAACAAUCGAAUGUUUUUAUUUUUUGCUCUAGCAUCGCGUUAAACUUUGUGUAGAUCUAACUCUAAUAGAGUACAAUAGUCUAGUUCUUGGAAAUUUAAUGUAUGUACUUAAAUUUUACAAAAGAGAAGGAACGCCGAAGUACACUUUUUAAUAUUUUUAUGACAAUAAACGAAAUAUGAAAAUA